UCAAUGGAAAUUGGAAACGCCUAGAGUGUUGUUACUCUGUUCCGUACACGAUCCAGAUAUUACUGAACACGCGCAUUUUCUCUCCGCCUCUUCGAUUCACCUCUGGCGUCGCUAGUUUCGACUGAUACUUUCGCCGUCAAAACGACUCGCCUCCGUGCGUUGUUUUCGCCAACGACGGUGCGUUUCGUAUUCUACUUGUUCAACUCAAUUCGAUUCGGAUUUCUGCCAAUUGUGGUAAAUUUCUGCAUUCUUUGUAUCUAUGGCAUUGAAACAUUGAAUUACUAAGGGUUUUGUUUAGGGAGAAUUGAAAUCAGAGGCUGGAAUUUGUUGUUAUGGCUUCAAGGGUGAUUUUGCGAAAGAGAAGGAGCAUCUUCUUCAAUCCCUUGUGUAGCCAAUCUACCCGCAUUAGUUUUGGAUUCUCAAGUGUUGGGCAUGCUCAGCCAUUUGAAUCUAGUGAAUUAGAAGGUUUGAGUCAGUUUCCCUUCUGUUCACCUGCCACUACCAAACAUGUACAGGAAAUAAAUUUAUUUACUAUCAACAAAGAUGAUAUGGCAGCUCAUACAGCUUCGAGAUUUAUCUCGCAUAGUUCCUUUAGAGUAUCAAGUUUUGGAUUUAGAUCUGACAAGAUAGAGUUAGAUUGUCUUUCAAGAUUGGGGUGGAUAUCCCAAUGUACCCGUUAUAUUUCCACGGUUGCACCUGAUCAAUCUGGAUUGGGUGGCAGUAAUAUGGGAAGUGAACAAUCGGCUACUAAACAAAAGAAGGAAGCUUCACCAGAGGAAUGUGAUGAAGCUGUUGAAGGCUUGAGCAAUAUAAAAGCAAAAGCUAAGGCUAAACAGUUGCAAGAACCACAGAAGAGUGUUGAUUCUAUUUUAAAGAAAUUAUGGGCUAAGAUUUUAGGAAUUGGUCCAGCUUUCAGAACAAUAAUGUCAAUGAGCAGGGAUGACUGGGCAAAAAAGUUUAGUCAUUGGUGGGAUGAAUUUAAAUCUACCCUGCAACACUACUGGUUUGGUACAAAACUACUCUGGGCUGAUAUUAGGAUAAGCUCCAGAUUAUUGUUGAAACUAGCCAAUGGAAAGAGCCUUUCUAGAAGGGAGAGGCAGCAACUUACAAGGACAACAGCUGACAUUUUCAGGCUAGUUCCUUUUGCUGUAUUUAUCAUAGUUCCAUUCAUGGAGUUAUUGUUGCCAGUAUUCCUUAAACUGUUUCCCAACAUGCUGCCAUCCACUUUCCAGGACAAGAUGAAGGAACAGGAGGCAUUGAAAAGAAGGCUAAAUGCAAGAAUAGAAUAUGCCAAGUUUCUUCAAGAUACUGUAAAAGAAAUGGCAAAGGAGAUUCAGAAUUCACGAAGUGGAGAACUGAAGCAGACAGCAGAAGAUCUUGAUGAAUUUAUGAACAAGGUCAGAACAGGUGCCCGAGUUUCUAAUGAUGAAAUCUUGGGAUUUGCAAAAUUAUUUAAUGAUGAGCUCACCCUGGAUAACAUUAGCAGGCCUCGCUUGGUUAAUAUGUGUAAAUAUAUGGGCAUAAGCCCAUAUGGAACUGAUGCAUAUUUACGUUACAUGCUCCGCAAAAGAUUACAGGAGAUCAAGAACGAUGAUCUAAUGAUUCAAGCCGAAGGUCUGGAAUCUCUUUCAGAAGCAGAGCUUCGUCAAGCUUGCAGAGAUCGAGGAUUACUUGGAUUACUUUCAGUAGAAGAAAUGCGGCAGCAGCUUAAGGACUGGCUGGAUUUGUCUCUCAACCAUUCUGUGCCAUCUUCCCUCUUAAUUCUUUCCAGAGCAUUUUCUGUUUCAGGAAAGAUCAGACCAGAGGAAGCUGUUCAAGCUACACUCUCUUCUCUGCCAGAUGAGGUUGUAGAUACUGUUGGGGUGACAACUUUGCCGUCUGAAGAUUCUGUUUCAGAAAGGAAAAGGAAGUUGGAAUUCCUUGAAAUGCAAGAGGAGCUAAUCAAGGAGGAGGAAAAGAAAGAGGAGGCAGUACAGGCCAAAAUGAAGGAAUCAGUUGGUAGUGAAAGGGAUUUGGCUACAAAAGAGAGUGCUUCAACAAUCAAACAAACACAAGGAAAGGAAAAAACAAAGACAUUGAAUAAACAGGAGCAGCUCUGGGAGCUCAGUCGUGCAUUAGCUGUUUUGGCUUCAGCAUCUUCAGUGAGCAGGGAACGUGAAGAAUUUUUGAGGCUCGUUAGAAAGGAGAUGGAGCUUUAUGAUAGUAUGGUAGGCAGAGAAGGUACUGAAUAUGAACAGGAAGCUAAGAAAGCCUAUCAAGCUGCCAGGAAGGAAAGUGAUGGUGCUAUUGAGGCAGCUAUUAGUGACAAGGUUUCUUCAGCACUUGUUGACAGGGUUGAUACUAUGCUCCAGACACUUGAAAAAGAAAUUGAUGAUGUUGAUUAUAAAAUUGGAGACCGAUGGCGGUUGCUAGACAGAGAUUAUGAUGGGAAAGUGACACCUGAGGAGGUUGUAUCUGCUGCUAUGUAUCUGAAGGAUACUCUGGGCAAAGAAGGAAUUGAGGAACUUCUCAGCAACCUUUCCAAGGAUAGUG